AUGCAGGAGAAGGGCCUCAAGUUCGCCGACAUGCCACAUGGCAUCGCCGCCAUCUCCAAGGUUCCGCUCGAGGGCUGGCUCCAGAUCGUCCUCUUCAUCGGCCACUAUGAGGGCUACUUCUGGCGUCAGGACCCCAAGCGGGCCCCGGGCGACUAUGAGGGCUACGGCUUCCUCGGCGUCGGCAAGAACUUCAUCAUCAACGUCGACCCCAUCAACUUCCAGGAUGCGGAGGUCAAGAAGACCAAGCUCUCUGCGGAGCUUGCCAACGGCCGCUUGGCCAUGGUCGCGCUGAUGGCGAUGCUCUUCCAGAACGGAACAGUGGGAAGUACCGGCCCGGCGAUGUGGCUUCCUGCCGCCUGA